AUGGCUGGUAGGCACUUCAGUAUCCUUUCUCUACUUAUUCUGGUGACUUUCUCUUACAUAGAAGCCACUCCAGGUGUUCCAAAAACAACAAAGAAAAUAGACGAGGUGGUGGUAGAAGCUGUGGUCUAUUGUCAGAGCUGUGAUCACUUUGGAACGUGGUCUCUGAUUGGUGCCAAGCCCAUUCCUUCAGCCAAAGUAAGUGUUACCUGCAAAAGCUACAAUGGUCAUGUGAGCUACUAUAAGGUCUUUGAGACAGACAAAAAUGGUUACCUUUAUGCACCACUCGAAGGGUUCAAGAUGCAGCAUUAUGUACUUGAUCACCCCCUCCAAUCUUGCUACGUGAAGCCUGUUUGGUCUCCUCUUGAAAGUUGCAGCCUUCUAUCCAAUGUCAAUUAUGGUCUGAAUGGGGCACCACUUCGUUAUGAGAAGAAGAGAUUGCAUGGCAGCAAGUACGAGGCUGUCAUUUACGCUGCUGGUCCCUUGGCUUUCCGUCCCUCUGAAUGCUCACAGACUCACCACCAAUAA